GUGAAGGAGAACUACUCCAAGGCAUCUCAUCCUGAACUAAUAUCAGGACAAUUGCUUGCUUCUAUUCCACAAGGUCAACCCAUUGCCUCUGGUUCAGGACAGCAAUAUCAGCCCUCUACUUCAGGAGAAAAGCAAGAGAAACCAGUGGAUGUUGAACAUGAAAAGGUGAAGAACAUGCAAAGUGAACCACAAACGGAGUUGAUUGAAUUAAGAAAUGAUGAAGAGCAAGAUACAAAUAUUGCAAAAAGCAAGCAAACACCAGAUGACCUGGAUUCUUCUAUAUGGUAUGUUGUGAGUCCACAUGGUAUCAAAAGGGGGCCUUACUCAAUGUCAGUGCUUAAGCAAUGGAGUGAUACUAGCUACUCAGAAUUGAAAUUCAAGGUAUGGAAGACUGAUCAGAGCCCUGAAGAAGCAGUUUUUCUGACUGAUGCUAUUUGCCAGGUUUUUUCUGCCAAGAAAAGAAAAUUUUGAAGUUUUUCUAGUCAGUACACAAGCAACUUGAAGCCAGGGAAUUGUAUCUACUUUCUCCAGGAACGAAACUUUUGUUUCUUGUCUAUAUUCGGAUUUUAGUAUACAGUAAAUCCACCUCACAUAUAGGAAGCCACAGCCCACAAAUAUCAAUAAAGCAGUAGACCUCAGUGUACAUAACCAUAGUUUUAAUUGCAGCUUUUAAAGAAUGAGCUUUAUCAUGUGCUUGACCAGGCAGUUUCAGUAGUGUUGGAUGAAAUUAUAUUGACUUUUGUUGAAUUAAGUGUUUACAGGACAAGUUGGAUGAUUUUAUAUAUAUAUUUGCCAUCAUUUUUCUUUCAA